GGCUUUGCCCACCCUUUCCUCAUGAACCCCCUCUGAUCAAAAACUCCAGAUCCAGAGCUGAACACAAAAGAAAAAAGAAAAAGACGUUUGGCCGGAGUGCGCACAGGCGCUGCGCUGCGCUCCCCUUAUCUCCAGGAACAGGACGGAGCGCUUUCCUCUGCGGACUUUUGCCCUCCGACUUUGACAGGUGAAAACACGGCAUUAGAGCAGCAACGAGCAUGUUUUCGCCAAAGUCGCCUAAAAGUCUGUCCAAGUAUGUCUCCAAGUCUUCGCACGGCGCCGGGGAGCAGAUUUGUAUGGUUGAAUGUGGCUGCAAGCCGGACUGCACCUGUGGUGUCCACUCCGCCGGGAGAAGCAGGAGGCACUGUGCGCCCGAGUUCAAGAAUAAUGGCCCUGACAUUGAGAAACAAGGCCUUGACAACUUGGCCUACGAGUAUGGGAGUCAGAGUGCGCUCUACCCCCCACCCAAAACUGCCUCCAGAGCAAAUUUUAAACUCCUGGGACUCCCCCCUGAGCACCAGGCCCAGGCCAUCGAAAGCAGAAUCUGUGGCCUGAAUGGAGUACUUGCUGCCAGCUUGUCUUUACCCAGCAGCUUGGCCAAAGUGGACUAUGAUACCUCAGUUGUCACAACCAAAGAGAUUGCCCUGGAGCUCCAGACAAUGGGAUUCAAUGUAGAGUCAGCGGUGCAGAUCAGGGUGGAUGGUAUGCACUGCCAGUCCUGUGUGCAGUCCAUUGAGGAACAGAUUGGUCCUCUUCCUGGUGUUUCACAUAUUCAGGUGUCCCUUCAAGAUGGCGCAGCGCUGAUUGUAUAUUGGCCUCUUCUAGUUACACAACAGGAGCUGAGAGACAAGAUCGACGAUAUGGGUUUUGGUGCCACUUUAUUAGUCGAUGAUCUAUCUGGACAAGAUAUAAGCUACUGGCAGAGGGACAUAUUGAAUUCGUCAAUCCAGACUGUAACCAUUUGGAUUGUAGGGAUGACUUGCAACUCUUGCGUGCAGUCCAUAGAAGGGAGGAUCUCUCAGACAACAGGCGUGCAGUCCAUAGUGGUGUCACUGAAGGAGGAAAAGGGAACAAUAACCUUUGACCCCAGUCUGACGGAGCCGGAGCAGCUCAGGGCAGCUAUCGAGGACAUGGGCUUUGACGCAUCACUUGAAGCACCUACAUCUGCAAAGGACAUCCAGAGUCAUGAAAAGUCCAGGCCUGUUAGCUCUGGACCCUCUGACCUUUCUGACUUGCAGCCACCCAAUAAGGCGAGAGUCAGCAAUGGCACCGGAUCACAGGCAACCUCUGGAAACAAGAUUAAAGUACAAAAAUGCUUCAUUUGCGUAAUGGGAAUGACCUGUGCCUCCUGUGUGGCCAACAUAGAGAGAAAUCUGCUCAAACACAAGGGAAUCAUCUCGGUGUUGGUAUCACUAAUGGCUGCAAAGGCAGAGGUGAAAUAUGAUUCAGAAGUCGUGGACGCUGCUGCUGUAACUCGGCUCAUAGAAGACUUGGGCUUUGGUGCCAAACUGAUAGAGGACAAUGCAGUAACACACGGGAAACUGGACCUCACUAUAACAGGCAUGACAUGUGCAUCAUGUGUCCACAACAUUGAGUCCAAGCUCACCACAACCAAAGGCAUCCUUGGGGCCUCAGUUGCCCUGGCAACCAAAAAGGCACAGAUCCAGUUUGACCCAGAAGUGCUCGGCGCUCGAGAUAUUAUCAAGAUCAUUCAGAGCCUUGGUUUCGAGGUCAGCCUGGUGAAGGCGGGCUUCAAAAACAACCUUGAUCACACGGAAGAAAUUCAACAGUGGAAGAACUCCUUUCUGCUCAGCCUUGUUUUUGGCCUGCCUGUCAUAGGCCUCAUGAUCUACAUGAUGGUGAUGGACAGUCAGCACCUGGAACAUGGAGGAUCCAUGCCCGAGGAGCAGAACCUGCUGCCCGGCCUCUCCCUCCUCAACCUGGCCUUCUUCCUGCUCUGUACACCUGUGCAGAUCUUUGGAGGCCGAUACUUCUACAUCCAGGCAUAUCGCUCGUUAAAACACUGCACAGCCAACAUGGACGUGCUGAUUGUGUUGGCCACCUCUAUUGCCUACAUCUACUCCUGUGUGAUCCUCAUUGUAGCCAUGGCUGAGCAAGCCAGCCAGAGCCCCAUCACCUUUUUCGACACUCCACCUAUGCUCUUUGUGUUCAUCGCUCUGGGUCGAUGGCUGGAGCGCGUUGCAAAAAGUAAAACCUCAGAGGCUUUGGCCAAAUUAAUGUCACUUCAGGCCACUGAUGCCACAGUGGUCACUUUGGGACCUAACCACUCCAUCAUCAGUGAGGAGCAGGUGGUGGUGGAGCUGGUCCAGCGAGGCGACAUCGUGAAGGUCGCCCCAGGAGGAAAGUUCCCUGUUGAUGGGAAAGUGAUUGAGGGAAGCUCCAUGGCAGAUGAGUCCUUGAUCACAGGUGAGCCGAUGCCUGUUAGUAAGAAGGUUGGCAGUUUGGUGAUUGCCGGCUCCAUCAAUGCUCACGGUGCUCUUCUGGUGGAGGCCACUCAUGUGGGUGCAGACACAACUCUGUCUCAAAUAGUUAAAUUGGUGGAAGAGGCCCAAACCUCUAAGGCCCCCAUCCAGCAGUUUGCAGACAGGCUCAGUGGAUACUUUGUGCCCUUCAUAGUUAUUGUUUCUGUGCUAACACUGGUGGCGUGGCUUGCAAUCGGGUUUGUCAACUUUGACAUUGUGAAGGAGAACUUCCCGGGUUAUAACCAGAACAUCUCCAAGGCGGAAGUUAUCGUCCGCUUUGCCUUCCAGGCGUCCAUCACAGUUCUGUCCAUUGCCUGCCCCUGCUCUCUGGGGCUGGCAACCCCAACAGCUGUCAUGGUGGGCACAGGGGUUGGAGCUCAGAACGGGAUCCUCAUUAAAGGAGGCGAGCCGCUGGAGAUGGCCCACAAGAUUGACGUGGUGAUGUUUGAUAAGACGGGUACGAUUACAAACGGCGUGCCACGGGUGACUCGUGUGUUGGUGUUGUGGGAAAUGGCCCGCAUGCCGCUGAGAAAGAUCCUGGCAGUGGUCGGCACAGCGGAGGCCAGCAGCGAGCACCCGCUGGGCAUGGCGGUCGCCAAACACUGCAAAGAGGAGCUGGGCUCUGGCGUGCUGGGCUACUGCCAGGACUUCCAGGCGGUGCCCGGUUGUGGGAUCAGCUGCCGGGUUUCCAACGUGGAACAUUUGCUGCAGCAGCAGAGCGAAGAGUGUUUCCUGCUGCCGGGAGCCACCAGUGACGAAAGUAGCCUGCUCUCUGCUGUUGAGGCCACAUCUGCAGGUGAGCCUUUGUCUUACUGUGUACUGAUUGGCAAUAGAGAAUGGAUGAGGAGGAACGGCCACCACAUCGAAGCAGACGUCGAUGCCGCCAUGUCCAGCCAUGAGAUGAAAGGGCAGACUGCUAUCCUGGUAGCUAUAGAUGGUGUGCUGUGUGCCAUGUUAGCCAUUGCAGACACAGUGAAGGCAGAGUCAGCGUUAGCAGUGCAUACACUCAACAGCCGGGGCAUCGAGGUGGUUAUGAUAACAGGAGAUAACAGACGCACAGCUAAAGCCAUAGCUGCACAGGUGGGGAUCAGAAAGGUGUUUGCAGAGGUGCUGCCUUCACAUAAGGUUGCAAAAGUACAAGAGCUGCAGGAGCAAGGCCUGCGAGUGGCCAUGGUGGGAGACGGUGUCAACGACUCGCCCGCCCUCGCCCGUGCUGACGUCGGCAUCGCCAUCGGCACGGGCACCGAUGUGGCUAUCGAAGCGGCCGACAUCGUCCUGAUCCGUAAUGACCUGCUGGAUGUGGUGGCCAGUAUCGAGCUGUCGAAGAAGACGGUGCGAAGGAUAAGGAUCAACUUUGUCUUCGCCCUCAUCUACAACCUCCUAGGAAUACCCAUUGCUGCAGGUGUGUUCAUGCCUGUUGGCCUCGUGCUUCAACCCUGGAUGGGCUCUGCUGCGAUGGCUGCCUCGUCUGUGUCAGUGGUUCUGUCUUCUUUACUGCUGAAAUUGUACAAGAAAACCUCGGUGGAGCUGUAUGAGGUGCGUGCUCCGGGCCAAAUGAGGAGCCUUCGGUCAUCUCAGAUUAGCACACAUCUGGGUCUGGAUAGCCAGCAGCGCAGCCCUGCUCUCCCCACCAGUGCUCUGGAACAGCUGAGCCAAAACAGCGUGGUCCCACCCGCCCUCUCUAGUUGGCCGUCCAGCCAGGGACCGUCCAUAAACUCUGUCCAGGAGCAGCAGGACCGCUACUCCCUCCUGGAUCACCAGACUGCAGAGGACCUUAAUGUGUAGUAAAGGGAAAAGGGAAGAAGGACUGAGACGUCACACAGUUCCUUUUUACGAAUUCUGUGAAGCUCUUUGUGUAAUAUUUCUAUGUAUUUAUGUAAAUAGACAAGUUUUAAAGCGCUCUUAUUUUGGUGUGAUACUUGUACAGCACAUUCAUCUUUACCUUAUGAACCCUAAACCACCGUUAUUGGUGGCUCUGAGGACACCAAGUGAACACCAAUCUAUGACUUUCUUAAGAACAUUUCUAAAAAUCAAGCUGCUACACUUAAAAAGUGAUGGUAUUACUGAAGCAUUGUGCAUUUUUUUCUUUUUUUACACCAGGUGACAGGAGCCACAUAAAUUGAACAUGCAAUAUGAAAUAGGUUUGCUUGAGUUUUACACAAAUCCGAAGUCACUGCUGUACAAAUGCACUUUUACAAUAGACAUAACUCAAAGUAAAGCUUCAUGUUGUCUGUUUGGAUAA